AUGCCAUUGGGAUUGGGAUGUCAAUGGGAUUGGGAUGCCAUUGGGAUUGGGAUGUCAUUGGGAUUGGGAUUGGGAUUCAUUGGGAUUGGGAUGUCAUUGGGAUUGGGAUGUCAUUGGGAUUGGGAUGUCUUUGGGAUUGGGAUGUCUUUGGGAUUGGGAUGUCAUUGGGAUUGGGAUGUCAUUGAGAUUGGGAUGUCAUUGGGAUUGGGAUGUCAUUGGGAUUGGGAUGUCAUUGAGAUUGGGAUGUCAUUGAGAUUGGGAUGUCAAGCAGAUUAUGGAAGAAGCGGUCACCCGGAAGUUUGUCAUGAAGACAGCGGAUGCAUACGUUCUCUCUGCGCUUCUGUUGAUGCAUCUUUGACGCAAGGUUUAAAGAAAAGAGUUGGAGGAUUACUUAAAAGUUACACAACUGCUUCUCUGUUCAAACAAUGUGCCAAACAAUGCACGCCUGCUUUACUAGUUGCUCAAAAGUUGCUGAAAUUGAAGCCGAAAUUGAGAAUGCACACAUUUGGUGUCAUUUUUGAAUCAAAAAAUGGAGACAGUUCGCGACCCGUGAUGAUUCUUUCUCCACUAGUACAGAAGCACUUAUGGAUAAGGACAGCUUUAUUUGAGAAACACUUAGCUAAGAUUAUUGAACAUUUAGUAGAGAACAAUAGUAAAUAUUAUGAAAAGGAAGCACUACUUGCUGAUCCAGUUGAUGGGCCAAUUCUAAGUUCUUUGCUCGUUGGGCCUUGCGCAUUGGACUAUUCCAAAAUGAAGACACCAGACCACUACUGGACUGACCCACCGGCAGAUGAAUUAGUACAGAGGCAUAGAAUACAUAGCAGUAAUCCAGCCACACUAAAUCAGCCACAAUCACCUAAGAGACCCAGUCUACAGAUAAACAAGAGAGGUGGCAGUACCACAAGUGAUGAAGGCAGAGUUCCGAUGUCAGCCAGAGAUUAUGUGGAAUCUUUGCAUCAGAACUCAAAAUCAACAUUAUUAUAUGGAAAAAAUAAUGUCCUAGUACAACCUAAAGAAGAUAUAGAAUUAGUGCCUGGGUAUUUGUCACUACAUCAAGGCGUGGAAGGACUGACUAUAAAAUGGACCCCAAAUCAACUCAUGAAUGGUUGCUCUGAAGACAGUGAAUCAGAAACUGACAAAAGUUUGUACUGGGAUUAUGCAGUCACUGUGCAUUUAGAUGAGAUCGUAUACCUGCAUUGUCAUCAACAACCUGAUAGUGGUGGCACUAUUGUGCUUGUUGGUCAAGAUGGUGUUCAGAGACCUCCGAUUCACUUCCCUAAAGGAGGUCACCUCCUGGCCUUCUUAUCGUGUCUUGAGAAUGGCCUGCUUCCUCAUGGCCAGUUGGAUCCUCCACUAUGGUCUCAACGAGGAAAGGGGAAAGUGUUUCCAAAGCUUCGACGGAAGAACUCACAAACAAACAUACAGAAGUCACAAGAUGAUACUCAAAUCUUUGAUGGAGAAGAGGCUACAGACUACGUCUUCAGGAUAGUCUCAACUUUCAAACCAGAGUUAGUUCCUCAGGAGUUGGUUGAUCCUAAAGCUACCCCAAAUGGAAAGUUCACUUUUAUGCCGUGGACUACGAAGGAACGAGCGCGACAUAAAUUGACACGUUCACAGCCAGCCAUUGUUCAGCAAGUGAGCACUACGAGUGCUCCUUAUUUUACCACUCAGAUGACAACUCAAGUCUCAGCACUGGGAGGAACUGGAUCUCCUACAAGUCUCUUCACACUGUGUUGCUCUAGUCUGUUUAAAUACUGUGGUACCCCAUGUUCCAUUACAGGGCUGGCCCACUGUCGUCAUUUACACACCGUACGGACCCACCUCUCAGGGCUCGUGAAUCAUGCCAUUAUACCAUGUGAAGAGCCAUCAGAUGCCACCGAUGGAUUGACUGUUGAAAAGUGGCAAUCAAUGCAACAGAAUGGCAAGGUGCACAAUCAAGAGGAGCUUGUAAGAUUGGUCUACUAUGGUGGAGUCACACAUGAAAUCAGAAAAGAGGUUUGGCCGUAUUUACUGGGUCAUUACCAGUACGGUUCCAGUGAAGAAGAUCGUGCUAACCAUGAUGAGGUCGUGCGGCAGUCUUACGAGCAGACAAUGACAGAAUGGCUAGCAGUGGAAGCCAUUGUGAAACAACGAGAUCGGGAAAUACAGGCUGCCAAUCUUGCCAAGUUAUCAUCUGAUAACAGUUUUGACGGGCAAAUCCCAUUGCAUCGGGAAGCCUCCAAUGACCAUGAAUUGGACAAUGAGGUUUUCGAAGAUGAUGGGGAGUACUUACAAAAUGGGGAGGUUGAUGAAAAAAUCAAAAUGCAAGAGAGCGUUGAUGAGGAAAGUGCUAAUCAAGAAGUGAAGGAAAUCACUGAUGGGAUUAUUGCUCAGGAGAAAAUUGAUACUUCACAGACAACCGAGCUACCACGUAGUAAGAGCCCUCGACAAGAUACCUGCGAGACUGAAAGUGGGCGGAGUCUGAGUGAAAAUACCGAAGAUUUUGAAUGUAUUAGUCAGAAGAGUUCGCCACAUGGAAGUGAUGAGGGCAUUGGUCAUCUGUGCGGCAACGAGGUAGAAAAUGAUGAUGAUACGGAAAAUAACAGCAGCGAAUCUUGCCAAAGUUGUAAAACAGAGAGAGAAAUUAAUGGAAAUGUGGAACUCGAUGACCAAUCUAGAAUAAAACCAAUUGAAGUUAAUACAUUUCCAGGUAGUCAAGAGAGGGAUGAUGUGGAAGAAGCCAUUUCAAAUCAGGGUGAGCAGGGUGGUUUAAUUGUGCCAGACAGUUUAGAUGCCAGUAGUCAUCUAACACCCGACUCCACAGCUGUCUCCCCUGUGUCGUCAAGUGGUGGUGUCUACUCGACUGAGUUAUUAGACUCAUUUGGAUUGAAUUUACAUCGAAUUGAGAAAGAUGUUCAGCGAUGUGACCGGAACUACUUUUACUUCACCCCAACUAAUUUGGAUAAAUUGAGAAACGUGAUGUGUACUUACGUCUGGGAGCAUCUUGAGGUCGGCUACGUGCAGGGUAUGUGCGACUUGGUGGCACCGCUGUUAGUUAUAUUGGACGAUGAGGCUAAGACAUACAGUUGUUUCUGUGAAUUGAUGAAAAGAAUGUCAAAGAAUUUUCCUCAUGGCGGCGCCAUGGAUACCCAUUUUGCCAAUAUGAGAUCUCUAAUUCAGAUAUUGGAUUCUGAAAUGUUUGAACUGAUGCAUCAGAAUGGAGAUUAUACUCAUUUCUACUUCUGCUAUCGCUGGUUCUUACUGGAUUUCAAACGAGAAUUGGUCUACGAUGAUACAUUCUCAAUGUGGGAGACAAUAUGGGCUGCUAAGCAUGUUUCUUCAGGUUAUUUUGUGUUGUUUGUAGCGCUAGCUUUGGUGGAGUACUAUAGAGAUAUCAUUCUGGACAACAACAUGGACUUCACUGAUAUUAUCAAAUUUUUUAAUGAAAUGGCAGAGCAUCAUGACGCCAAGGCUGUGCUGAAGAUUGGAAGAGACUUGGUGUUCAAGCUACAGAAUCUAAUAGAAAAUAAAUAA